UUUUUAUGUUUUAUUUGUAAAUGAAUUACAAACACCAACUACAUUCUUUGUCCUUAUUACUUACAUUUACCUCCAUAUUUUACCUAGCUGAUAAAAAAUAUGACAGAAAUAAAGAAGUCAUGGCAUGUCAAGAAUUUUGUGAUGCACCAAAAUUUCAUGAGGCAAUGGUGGAAAAUUGUAUUACUAAAUAUUUAGUAUUUGCUGUAGAUGAAAAAUCAUUCCAGAUAUUAUGAGGAGACUGUGAGGCUUAAUACUUAAUAGUCUGUCUGCCCUUGAGCAUAGGGUCUUCUUAUCAAGAUAAAAUUUAAAUGUGGUAUUAAAGAAGGUAAUCUGAUUACUUGCUAAAUGUGUGGUACAGAUUUUUAUGGUAUAGAUUAUUACUCAGGACAUUAGCCCUUUAGGCAUGUUUCUUCCAGUGGAUUGGACACAAUAAAUGCUCAGCAAAUGUGGGUAAUGCCAGGGCUCCCUUGGUAACCUUGAACAAUUCCCUUCCUUUUUUUAGGCCUCAGGUUUUUUUUCAUUUCUUUGAUAAAGUAAUUGCACAAAUUGGGCUCAGAGGUCCUUUUUAACUUUAAUUUUUUAAUUCCAGGGCUUUUAAGAAAAAGGAUAUUGUUUAAUGACAUUUUAGUAAUAUUCCUCAGAAUAUCUUAAAAAGGUGAGAGGGAACCAGAUAUAGUAGAAAGAAUCAUGAAAGAUCUGAAUUUGAAUUCUGUCUCUAUCAUUGACCUCAUUUUUUGGAUUGGAAACAGAAGCACAUAGGUUUGUCUACAUGCUUUAGUUACAGAAUGAGAUCAGUUCCUUCAUUUUACAGAUGAGAAAACUGGGGAUUGGAGAAGUGAAUGACUUAACCAGAUCUUUUAGUAAAAUAGAUGUUAAAACAAUUUGGUAUAUUUUUUAAAAGUGUAAGCAAACCUCCGUGGGAAGAAAUUAGAUUUUGAAUAUUAAUUUCAAGAUAUAUCUUUUGCCUGUAAUCCUUUUUCUCCCUUCCUGUUCCUAUAUCUAGAAAGAUAGAGUAGGAAGUUCUGUUCCUGUUCUUGCCAAUAAUUAGCUCUCUGACCUGAGAACAAGUCACUUCAGUUCUCUGAUAUAUCAGUUUCUCCAGUACAGAAGGACUGAGCCUUAGGUUAGGUGAUUGUGAAGGUAUUUUGCAACUCUAAAAUGCUUUGAUUUUGUUCUUUUGGGGAAAUAUACUUCCACUGUGUGUGUUUUUUUUUUAAGAUAAUUCUACCUACUGCACUAAAUAUACCUGUAAGAUGGGGGAAAGGAACAAGAAUAUGGGAAACAUCCAUCAGUCAUUAGCAGUGUGACAAAGAACCAAUUUUUCUUCUGUGUUCUUGCCUCUUUCCAAGGAUUAUUUUCAUUCUUUGGUUUCUUCUUUGCAUCAAGAGAGGCUUUUGUCUUUUUAGUUCAAGCGUUUAUUCCCAAAGCUGUGUAUCAUUGCUUACUUAAGGACUUCAUUAAUAAUGCAGUGAACUCUGUUAUGAUCAUUUGAUUGCUUUGGACUUUGAAUGAAUUGAUGACUGACAUAGUUUUACAUGGUUGUGGGGUUUCUCUGUGAUAGAACAGGAAUAGAUGAAAGUAUUUGGUGUAGGCAAGAACUCAGGACUGUGAUUAGAAUAGGGAAAAUAUUUCUUAGUUAUUAAUUGCAAUUAAAUCAUUUGGAAUCAUUGGUCAGUGAUUUUAUUCUGUGAGUCAUUGUGCCAUUGGUAAUUGGCUAAAGAAAUUUAUGCAUAAGGAUUUAGCCUCAUGGUUUUCAUGAUGCUAAGCUUCUAGUUGAUCACUGACAACUACAUUGUCACUAUCCAGCAACUUUAGCUACUUGGAAUAUAGCUGAGAAUUUGGAAAGGAAUACCUACAAGAAGCCUUAUUAUUUUAGAGUUGCUAACUGUGCUUACUUGGUAGGCUAGAUGAAGUUAUAUUGUGAGUAGUAGUAAGAGUGACCAUUGCCAAGAGAGAUUACAGUAGAAUCAAAAAUGUCUGUCUAAGCCAUUUUUUAAUAGGUCAGAUAGACUUAUUUAUCUCAGGCUCUUAUGACCUAGACCAAAAUUAACAGCAUAAUAUGGUAAUUGAUGUUAAUUGUAAUCAACAAGCAUUUUGUUAAGUGUCUGUUAUGUUUCAUGCUCUGUCCUAGGUGCUAGGUACAUAAAGAGAAAUGAAAGUCCUAAUUCUCAGAAUGCUUAAAUUCUCUUGAUGGAAAAACAUGUACAUAUAUAAAUUUAUGCAAAACAAAUAACUAAGUAAUUUGGAAGGGAAGGAGGAUAUUAGCAGCUUGUGUACUGACAAAGACAAAUAUAGACCAAUCCUUGAGUUAAUAAAAAAGUUAAAUUAUUUUCUUUACACUGCUUAAGAAGGCAAAAAUGUAUGUAGUGUUUAAAAUCAUUUUUGUCCAAAUUGUUAAAAUAAAAUUGUCUUGGGGUAAAACUGGGAGCUUCAAUUAUUUGGGGAAAAAAGCAUCUUCUGUGGAGCUGUUGCUUAGCAUCUGUUGCUGGAUAAAUGAGAUAUGAUGGUACCUAUUGUGCCUUCACUUAUUUGAAAAUUACUGACGUAGAUGGGGAGUAAAUAUUAACUAGAUAUAUACAUAUGUACUUAUGUACAUAAAUAUAUAUGUAAGCAAACAGAUUAUGAAUAUACAAGUUAUACCUUUAAUGUUGAACAGUAUUUUUAUAUAAUAGCAUUGUAAAGGGUUAUGUGGUACAGCAAAAAUGCUAAUUUUACUGCUUUUUUAUUUCAAACAAAAAUUAUGUAAGGCAAACUCAAAAUAUCCAUUCUCUUUUAAGUUCAGUAUAUCUAAAACAGUUCAUAGCUGAGAGGAUUUUCCUGGUUUCCUUUGUAUAUCCAGUUCCUUUUCUCUUUCUUCUUUGUUACUUUUGGUGGAAACCCUACAUCCAGUGUAAAGCAAAGAAUAUUAUUUAAAUAGCUUGAUAUGUUGCCUGUAUUAGUAUGUACAAUUGUUUAUCUAAAAAACCUCAAACUUUAUUCAUAUUUGUUUCCUUUAAUUUUUUUAUUUUUGGUUAAAAGUAGGUGACUAUCUCAUUUCAACCACUUGGCUGCUACCUAGAUUUUUUCCCCACCCAUUUCUUCUAAGCUAUUGCAAAAAGAGGGAAUGGGAGGAGAGAGUCUUGGAAAUUUUAUAGAAGACUAGUUGAUGUAAGAAGGCAAUUAAUGAGAGAAUCUACCUAUUUACUUUUCUUUGUCCCAAAUUAGAGGUACUGCUAGCUAUUCUUGCCUCCAACCCUAAUUUUUGGAAUGGAUCUUGUUUAUUAACUGUAAUUUUAACAAUAUUUUAUAAUAAUAAAUUUUGUAAUAAUUUAUAAUAGUAAUUUCACUUAAAUUAGUUAACAUUUUCCUUUUGAUCCAUAAACUAAAUCCUGUCUUUUAAAAAUAACAUCAUGAUAGCUGAGUAGAUAAAGUGAAGCUCCUUUUGUCUUAAAAUAAUGAUGAUUUUUAAAAAUGUCGAUCAGGUUUAAAUCAAUUGAAUCUUUUUUGUUGGUAGACUUCUUGGCUACUGGUGCUAAAGCUAGUACGGGACUAUUCAAUGAUAAAUCUCCUGACUCUGGUGGAAAGUACUGUAGGCUUCUUUUCUUGGAUCCUCAGAUAUUGCUGGGUAGAAGGGCUGCUUAAUGAAAGUAUAUAAUAAGUAUUAAGAGUGUGACUCCUGAAUACAGGCAAAAUGAAGAGCUAAAAGUGUGUACAAACUUUUUAGCCCCUCUGACUCUCAUUACCCAAUACCUAGCCAAGGUGCUCAUGGGAAGUGUCUUAAACUCUGCCUGAGCUGAUUGCAGUCUUAUGGUACCAUCAUUGUAUGAGUAAGUACUCAGCUUAAAAGAAAGAAACAGAUUUGUGAAACUUCAAAGCCAACACAACACUUUGAAAAAUAUGUUCCGUUUAAUUAAGAUUAUCUUAUAUAGCAUUCGGGUAAAAUUAACAGCAGAAGGGCAAAAUAGCAUCGAUUCAUAUAGACAUUUUUGCUUUGAAACCAGCAAAACCUCACUUAUAAUGUUUAUAAAUAUACUGUAUUCCUACUCCACUUUGUAGUAUAAUAGACAUAUUUGAAUGAAAUUUUGCUAUUAUUCCAGAGUUCAUUCAAGCCUGCAUUUACUUGAGAUUUUAUGUCCAUACAACAGAUAUUGUUAUAACAAACUUUGUUUUUUAAAAGAAUUGGCUCACUAGUAUGAGUAUGACAAAACAGUAUAGAUAUUUUUUGCUUACUGAAAUGUAUCUGAAAAAUUGUAUAAAUGAAAUACUUUUAAAUAUGCUAGGAGGAUUUUCAGUUUAGAGGACCCCUGAAAAAAAAUUUUUUAUAAAGUGGAGAAUUAUUUUGAAAUGUGAAUUUUUUUGAAACAAUUUUUAUAUAUUGGAUUUAAUCAUCCAGGCUAAACCUGAAUAAGAAUCCUUUCUAAAACAGUAAAGAGGAAUUUAUUAACUCCUGAAGCAGCCACUUCCAAUUUUGUGCAGCUCUGAUGAUUAUGAAGUUUUUAUCCUUUAUAUCAAACUUAACUCUGCCUGUAUACAAUUCUAUGUAUUGUUCCUUGUUCUUUAUUUGGUACUGUUUGGGAAGGGGAGCAGGGAAACUAGUCUUAACUGUAUGCCUAAUUUCUUGGACAUCUAACAAGAACUCCAGAUUUUUUUUGAGAACCUGAGGCUACCUCUCCUAGCCUUUGUAAUCUGUAAAUUUGAUGAGCUAUGGCAUCAUGCCUCUCAUCUAAGUCACUGAUAACAUGAGAGCUCCUCCACAAAGAUGCUAUAUACUCUGCUAGAGACUUCUCUCCAACUUGAGUUAGACCUAUUAAUGACCAUUUUUUGGGUCUAGUCAUUUAAUUAAUGUUGAAUUAACUCCUUUUUUAUUUGCUUUAAAGUGGGAAUUGUUUUUUUCCCCUCUCUGGCACAUAGCAGUUCUUUAAUAAACACUUGUUAGUUAUCAAGCCCACAUCUCUUAGAAUCUUGUCCAUAAAGAUAAUACAAAAGAAUUUGUACAAUAUUUUGUAAAAGUCCAAGUAUGUUAGAUCUACAGCAUUCUUUUAAUGUCUAAUAAUUUAUUUUUAAAAAAGACAUGAGAUUAGUCUAGCAAGACUAAUUUCUAAUGAAGGUGUGCUGGCUUUUAGUGAUCAUUCCUUUUUAUCUAAAGGUUCACAAAUUAUCCCUUUUAAUAAUGUUACAGAAUUUUGUCUAAGGUAGAUCUUUGAAAUAAGUAAUAAGCAAAUGAGAUUAGACAUUUCAUUCCUAAAGUAUUUAAGUAGUUCCUUUGGAACUUAGAACUUAUUUUCCCAUAGAAAUAAAGAGGAAAUUAUCAGGCAAAACCCGAAAAGUAUAUUUAAACCAUAAUGUAGUUGAACAUAAUAAUAUUAAUAUCUCUUUAGAACCAAAUCACCACUUAUAGUAGGGAUUCUUAAAUUGAGGUCCCAUAAACUUGUUUCUUAAAAUAUUUUGUUAACUGUAUUUUGAUAUAAUUGAUUUCCUUUGUAAUUCUUUAUAUUUUAUUUUAUGCAUUUAAAAUAUUCUAAGAAGACCCCCAUGGACUUCACUAGACUGAAAGAAGGGUUCUUCACACAAAGUUAAAAACCUUUUAAGUUAUAAGCAUUAUUUCCACGAAAAAGUACAUUUUAAAACUCAUUAGGUAUAUACAUGUUCCUAUCUUCAGCUCUUACUCUUCCUUUUACAUAUUGACCUGACUUUAAGGAGGUGAAGAUUUACAUGUUGUUCUUGAUGAAACCUUACAUUUAAUCAUAGGGUUAAGGCUCAGGUUGGGAAGAAUUUGGUGACUGUGACCUUCAGGGAAUGAAGGGGAAACUUGAAUGGGGAGUUUGGAAUUAGCUUCUUGUAAGGUUGUUUAAAAAGUUGAAUGUUGAUAAUUAAUAAAUAUAUAUAUCUAUAUAUAUGUUUAUUUUUUUAAUUGAGGCAUUGUGGUCAAGUGAAAGCUAUUGUUCAGUUGUGUCAGACUCUUCAUGAUGCUUUUUUUUAAAAAGAGAUUCUUGACAAAGAUAUAAGAGUGGUUUGCCACUUCCUUUUCCAGUGAAUUAAGGCAAAUAGAAGUUAAGUGAAGGUUAAGUUUGAACUUAGGUCUUCUGACUCCAGACUCUUAUCCACUUGAGCCACCUACCUGUACAGGACUGAAAUCCACAGGCUGCUUCUACCACUCACUAUCUCUGUGGCUUUAAAGGAAAUCCCAAUCUCUGUGUGGCAGUUUCUUGAUUUGUCAAAUCAGAAUUAUAAUACCAACUCUACCUACCUUUACAGGUUUGUUUGAAGACCCACUUCAGCUCAAUAAACAAAUGAAGUGAUAAAAAGGAAUUUACUUUUAGGGUUAAAAGUUUUCCAGAGGACAUUGAUGUACAGCAUUAAUUUAAAAAAUGAAUGUAUCUAGUAUUGCACUAAGAGUGGAAACUUGGCUUUCUUCUGCAUGGCAUAUUAAAGUACCCAUGACAUGGCUAGAAGCUUGUAUUACUUGGAUUCAAGAGGAAAAUAAUGAUGUGUGUUUGACUCAGGCUCAAAUUAAUAAACAAGUGUUUGAGCAAUGGCUUCUUACUGAUCUGAGAGAUUUGGAGUAUCCUAUUUUACCCAAUAAGAUUUUGGAAGAUCCAAAAGGAGAGCUAAAUGGUUUUUAUUCUUUGCAGAUUAAUUCAUUGGUUGAUGUUAGUCAGCCUGUGUAUUCUCAGUUACAAAAGUUGAGAGGACUGAACAAAUCAAAUGAUCUAGUAACAGCUGAAACACAAGCAUCCUUAAAGCCCUGGGAAGCAAAUCCUACGCGAAUGCUAAUGUUGCAGAUUACUGAUGGAAUUAUACAAAUACAGGGCAUGGAAUAUCAGCCUAUUCCCGUUCUUCAUCAAACUCUUCCUCCAGGUACUAAAAUUCUUAUCCAUGGAAAUAUUUCUUCUCGACUUGGUGUUCUUUUGCUGAAACCAGAAAAUGUGAAGGUGCUAGGGGGUGAAGUGGAUGCUCUUGUUGAAGAACAUGCUCAAGAAAGAAUACUUGCAAGACUAAUUGGAGAAUCUGAUUCCUUAACUUCAGCCAGACCAAAUCACAGCCAGUGCAUCCCUGGACUUGAAGAUGGACUAGAACCAGCAUUAGAACCUUCAGAUGCAGAACUCCUAGCAAGCCUUGAUGAAAAUGAUGAGUCAGUGGUCAAUAAUGAUGCUCCCUCAGAAAGUGGAUAUUUUAGUACAAGUUGUAUUUCAAACACUAUCAGCAAUGUAACUACUAGCUUAGGACUUUCAAUCAUUUCACCAAGAACAGAUGAAGACCUACCAAAUCCAUCUGUGAAUUUCACUGAAGGGGAUUUAGAUGACUUUUCACUAGAAGAUGUCUUGUUUUUAGAGGAAACUGUCCAAAAGGAACUUCAAGAGACAGAAGAAAGGAAUUCAUUGACAUUGAACAGAGGCAGUGACAAAAAUGUAGAGAGACAUUCACAGAAACCUAAUAUUGUAGAGAGUUUUUCUCUGGCCAAUACAAAUGAAAAAAAUGUUCAGAGUGAAAAGAUUUUAUUUCAACAAAUGACCAGUAAGGACAAAUCUUUUGGUUAUUUAUCUGGUAGAGAUCAAAAUCCUAGCAGAAUUUUGUCAUUUAAACAUAAUGCACAACUGCUCGAGGAUUUUAUAGUUAAGCAUAAGAAAUCAGGAAAAUAUGAGAAAAUUAACUCCCCCAUCAGCAAUUUAGAAAACUAUAUAAGUGAUAAACCAAUGAAAACAGAACUGGUUAAUGUACCAAAGCUUGUUUCAGAAAUGGGUAAUGAAAGCAGUUAUGUACUGCCUAGUUCUUUAAUAUCAUCAGAGAACAACAUGGAUCAGAUUUCUCUCAUUGUUGAUUUGGAUUCUCCACCCUUUACUUACAUUUCUGUUCUAUUGGCCAGGAAUCUAAAUGAAGUAACAACUGUGAAAGUCAAAGCAUUUAUUGUAACCUUAACUGGAAAUCUCUUACGUUGUGGUGGCUUUUGGAGUGUGACUGCAAAAAUUUCUGAUGGUACUGCAUAUCUAGAUGUGAUUUUUGCAGAUGAAAUACUAACAAAUAUGAUUGGAUUUUCAGUAUCAGAAGUAAAACAGUUAAAAAAAGAUACUAUUCAGCAUAAAAAAUUCCAGGAAGGUUUACAGAACUGUCAAAGAGCUCUCAUAGACUUGUGCUGUCUAAUGACUAUUACAUUUAAUCCUUCCUUGUCUAAAGGCAUGGUGUCAGUUCUGCAAGAUGUUAAUAUGGAAGACCUACAGAAUUUAAAGAGACGCUUGAAUAAAUAACCUGUCAAUUUUGAAUAAAUCAUUACAUUUUGAAUAAAUAACCUACCCAAGCACUGAUAGAAAAUAAUUGAAAACACACAUUUUUAAGAUUUCAGCCAGAUGCUAAAAGUUAACAUUUUAAAUGUUCUCCUUUAUAUCCUUUUUGGAAAUAAAAGGAAUAAAGUUUCAAAACUAACUUCAGUGCAAUUAAACCCCAUGCCCCUCAUCUCUAUUUUAAUUUUAGAAAGAAAAAAGACAUAUCUGAAGGAAUAUUAAAGUUUAGACAAGAAGUUGGUUUUUGUUAUCCAUCACUUCUGAAGAUUGUUCCUAAUUUGUCAACUGAAAUGAUUUCUAAAGUAUUAAUGUUCAGUUCUGAGUUUGAAAAAUUGAUAGUGAAAAUGAAAAAUUGAUAGUCAUAAUAAGUAAAAUAGUUUAAAUUUUAAAUUAAUUCAACAUUGAAAACAAAUUAUUUGUCUAUUCUUACAAAAAAUUAAUGUAAUCCCAUGGGACCAAAGUGUUGAUUUUUGAUGCAAUUUACUCUUCCUUGCUUUUUAGUUUUUUGGUACUUAUUUUUGUGAUGAACUAGAGAUAAAUUUUGUUAUAUAAUGAAAAAGAGCAAAUCAUUUAAAAAAAACCACUUAUUUUGAAGGAUGUUUUAUUUUCAGAUGGUUCUGAAAAGUUACUGUUCAGAUUCAGGGACUACUAGCAUGUUUGGAUAAAAAUAAGCUUUUUGUCUCUGUUUCUAAAUGGUGCAGACUAUUUGAACUAAAAAUUAUAAAAGUACACACGAAUAUGCUGAAUUCUUUUACUUUUUCAAGUGGCAAUGAUAACCUUUGUUUUUAAAGAGAAAAUGAUUUUUAUCUUUUGAAGAUUAUAAAUAUAAUGUCUCAAAUUUUAAAAAUAUUGAAUGUAUGUAAAAAAUAAAAAAAACAAAUUUCUUUUUAAUUUUUUUAAAGGCUGUUAAAAUUUUAACCAUGAAAUUUUUAAAUGGGUCUUUUUUACUUACUGGUUUGGCUAGAUUUGUAUUAACUAAUAUAUCAACACCUAUGUUGUUGCACAAUAGGAUUCUGUUGGAUUCUGUUGGUUCCUAACUUUGUAGUGAUCACUCUAAGUGUGGCGUACAGGGUAAACCAUUGAGAGUACAAGAGAGUACUUCAGGGAAAGUCUACUUCCUGAUACUGAAUUACCAGAUAAGUUGUUUGGGCAUAAAAUGAUUUAGCAAGAUCUUUGACCAAAAUAUGAGUGGUAUACCCUGCUAGAUGUUGGAAGAGAAAGGAAGAUGUAAAUGAGCUUUGAACCUCAGAGGUUAUCCAAUCCUGUGCUCUCAUUUUCAGAUGAGGAAGCUGAGGCCCAGAGAGAUUUGAUGAAUUGGCUAGGGUUCUGUAGGUAGUAAAUGGUAGAUUUGGUAUUUAAACCAAGGCCUCUGAGUACAAAUCUCUCUAGAUCACACUAUCCCUCCUCUUUAAAGGAAUUUAUAACCUUGUAGGGGGUGAUAAAUACAUAAUGACUGCCAAUUUAUUACAUGUGGCUAAUAGCUAAUUUAUCCAAUAAACUUGCUCUAGUAAAAUAGCUUCUCUCAAAAUCUGCCUUUUAACACAUUUCAACAGUUGCUUUUGUCAAAUCAGGUCUGUCUGGAAAUUUCUUUUCAGUUUUGCUUGCCCUGAGGUAUUCUGAAUAGGCAAUAAAAAAUAUUAGUGUCACACUUUAUGUAUAUAGUGCAUGCAUUCUCAGAGUCCAUAAAAAAAAAAUUUACUAUAUCAAGAGAGUUCAUUAUUUCAAGAGUAAUGAUAAAUUUUUAUAAAGCAAAGAAGCCCAUUAUAAAAUGAAUUAUCAUCCCCUUUUUUCUCCAGUUGAUAUUUUUUAAUUAGAAUUUAUAUAUAUUGGGGUUGUAUAACCUUGUUCUGGUAUACUCAUACUUGUGAAAUUCCUAAACAUUAGAGCCAUUUAAUGUUCACAUGCCAGAAAAGUAAAUACAUUGUUCCAUUUCUGUAAUGCUUUGGCUUUCAAGCAAUUAAGAAGCAGAAUGAUAUAUAAGAAAAUAUAAACUAGUGAUUUGAACAAAUACUAUAAAAAGUAAGUUGCAACUUUUCGACUGAUGUGAUCAAACCAUGAUUUCUAGUCCUAGAUGGCAGUCCUCUUUCCCUUCAGCUCUCUAAGGGGAUCUUGAAGUAGGAAAACCAGAGAUAUAGAGAAGAAUAAUUUAAAAUUUUAAUGAUUUAAAAAUCUAGCAAUUUCUGACUAGAAAAUGUAUAGAGAAGCUUUUUGUAUAUUUUACAAAAUAUAAACUUUGGAACAACUGAAAUAAAGUUGUAUAGUUGUUAGGCAAAUUUUAUCUCCAGUGAAAAGACCCAGACCCAAGUAUCUGCCUUCUCUGUACAUUGUCAGCUAUUUAGCUUACUCAGUCUAUUUAAAUUCUGUUGGAAAUCACAUCUCCCCCAAACUGUUAACCUUUUUCUGUGUGCUCUUUUGCUCUCCAUUCUGUUGUCCACAUAGCAUCCAGACUGAUGUAAAGCACAAAUCUGUCCAUGUCAUUCCUCUACUCAUUAAACUCCUGUUUGAUCAAAUAAAA